AAUAUAUUUCAAAUACAUUACUAACUGCAAAUUUAUAGUGAUUGGAAGAGUUCUGAAUCCUGGCCUUAUUAGCAAAAAACAAUAAUGAGCUAUCAAGAUCCAGUGCUGGAAAGACACUUCCGUGGUCACAAGAGUGGUGUGACUGCCUUGUCUUUCAACCCCAAUGGCAAGCAGCUCAUCUCUGCCUCACUUGAUGGAACCAUCAUGGUCUGGAACCUCAAGCCACAAAUGCGAGCUUACAGGUAUUUGGGACAUUCAGAUGCUGUGUAUGAUGUUAACUUCUCACCAAAAAACUCCCUUAUGGCAUCAUCUUCUAAAGAUAAAACUGUGAGACUCUGGAUUCCUAAUGUACGAGGAGAGUCAAGUGAAUUCAAGGCUCAUCAAGGUGGUGUUCGAUCUGUGCAAUUCUCCCCUGACGGGGACCAGCUCGUCACGGGUGCUGAUGAUAAGGUCAUCAAGCUAUGGACUGUGCACAAGAGGAAAUUUAUCUCCUCCAUCCUUUCUCACAAGCACUGGGUUCGUUGCGUACGUUGGUCCCCCGAUGGACGCACGUUGCUGUCUUGUUCAGAUGACAAGACAGUUCAACUACACGACGUGCGCACGUCCAGCACCGUGCACACCUUCAGCGACUUCAGGGCCGAGUGUCGCCAGGUCGCAUUCCAUCCCUCAGGCACCUGCUUUGCAACGGCUUCGGCAGACUCCUCCGUUGGAGUGUUUGAUAUCCGGUCUCGACAGCUGCUGCAGCACUACACCACCCACAGCGCUGCCGUCAACGCCAUAUCGUUCCAUCCUUCUGGUCACGUAUUGCUGUCAGCCUCUUCAGACAAGUCCCUGCGUCUGAUGGACGUGGUGGAGGGUCGUCCCGUGUACACUCUGCACAGCCACCGGGACGCUGUCACGGCCACCACCUUUGAUGCGACGGGUGACUGCUUCGCCACGGCGUCGGCUGACAAACAGGUGUUGUUGUGGAGGUCGCUGCUAACUGCAGUGGAGCCUCUCCCUUGCCUGGAGGAGACGAUCAUGCAGCCUGACAGGGAGGGCAGCGCCCUGCAUGACGUCACAGUCGCCCUCACACACGACGAGCAGCUCGAGGAUACUCCGCAUGCUGAAGAACAAAAUGCCAACGAUGCAGCGACCCCUGCUUCACCACCCCGUGAACCUCGUAAAAACAAGAACACAUCCACGGCUGACUCGACCAUCCUGCAGCAUCUGAAGGACUCAAUGGACCAACUCAUGACUCAGAUGGACACGCUCACUCAGACCGUCAUUCUCUUGGAACAGCGGCUUUCUCUCGCCGAGAUGAAGAUUUCAGACAUGGCUGUCAACAUCAGAAACUCGAAAUAGAAAUUUUUAUGCAAGGCUUCAUAGACGCGGAAUGAGGCAUAAGUUGUCUUUAAUUAUUCGUGUACCUGAUGCAUGCGUUUACAUACAAAUGUUUGAGAACAUUUUUCGUGACGUUUCCAGCUGGAUAGAAUUCCGUGUUAACAUAUGUAGAAAUGGAAAUAAUUCUCGCUUAAAAACGCGCAUCUGAAGUGCUAGAUUUAGAACAAUAAUGAAAAUUUUCUAGUAUAGAUUGAAAAUAGUAAUAUUUUUCCAGUAUGCAUUAAGCAGGUAUACAAUUUUGUUCUGCAUGUUCUCUGUACGUAGACUUGCAGAACCAUUGUUAGUCAAUAACUCUUUCACUACUAAUAAUCCGGCAAAAAGAAGUGUUAGAACUUCAAACUAUGUAUUGUGUGAAAAUGGCUUUCUUCAUGAAGUAAGCAUAAGAUGUGAAACAGAAAAACUGUUGAUGCCUUAUUGACAGAAAUGGAAAAUCAAGUAAAAUCAUUUGGGGAUACGCAAUCCUGUUCUAACCCAACUAAAUAGGGGAAUAUAAGUUUCGAUCCUUCCUUUGCGUGUUGAAUUUCGCUCUUACAUUCACUGCUAAGUUUUCCGAUAACGAUUGAGUUCAAUAAAAGAUAAUAAGACCAAAGGGACAAAGAAACGCAUGUUAUAUUUCAUUUAUUCUCCAUUAACCGCGGUUGCGGGAUGUGUAUGACUAGUUCCACAACAGUUGUAUUGAAUUCACUAAUAAAUUGCGCUCUCCGGGUUUUAAACCAUUCGCAUA